CUUCCAUAUAUGUAUGCUACUUCGUGUUGCCGGAGCACAGACACAGUAUGUCAGAAUGAAAUUCAUCAACCCAUCUUCAAAAUUCUCCACUUGCUGAAAGAACUGACCUUUUUUGAAAAUUCACUUCUGGGUUUGAUUGGAAUUAGUCAAGAUUGAGAAGAAAAGGAAACGUAUAUCUGGAGCCAUCAAGAACUGAAGAUAUUGUUACUUCUCCUAUGGAUUUUAAUAGUGGGUUUGCAUUUAUUGAAGUAAGUUCAGUUAAAGCUAGCGCUAUGAAAGUAAUUUCUUGCCACUUUUCACCUGAUGGAAAAUGGCUUGUUACUGCUGGACAUGAUAAGAAGGCUGUGCUGUGGUAUGCAGACGGGUUGAAGCCAAAAUCAAUCUGUCAAGGACAUUCAUCUCUGGUUACAGAUGUUCGUUUCAGUCCAAGCAUGCCGUAUCUUGCAACAUCUUCAUUUGACAAAACUGUCAGGGUUUGGGAUAUUGGCAGUGCUCGUGAGUCAUUACAUACUUUUAGGGGACAUUCUGCUUGUGUUAUGUCAGUGGAUUUCCACCCUAAUAGAAAUGAACUUAUUUGCUCUUGUGAUGGGGAUGGUCAGAUACGAUACUGGAAUAUUACUACCGGGAUAUGUUCUGAGGCAUUCAAGGGUGGUACGGCCCUGAUAAGGUUUCAACCCCGUCUUGGGAGGUAUCUUGCUGCAGCUGAGGAGAAUUUCGUGGCAGUAAUAGAUGUGGAGACACAAGCUUGUCUUCAUUCAUUAGAGGGACAUGUUAAACCAAUUCAUUUUGUGUGCUGGGAUCCUUCUGGCGAGUAUAUAGCAUCUGUCAGUGAGGACACUGUCAGAAUAUGGACAAUUGGAUCAGGGAAUGAAGGAGAAUGCAUUCAUGAGUUAAGCUCCGACAGCAAUAGAUUCCAUUCCUGUGUUUUUCAUCCCACAAACCCUUCAUUGCUAAUUAUUGGCUGUUACCAGACUUUGAAGAUUUGGAACAUGAUUGAGAACAAGACAGUGACACUGCCAGCUCAUGAAGGACUGAUUGCUUCAUUGGCUGUAUCAACAGUGAAUCGGUUGGUUGCUUCAGCUAGUCAUGAUAAAUUUGUGAAGCUGUGGACUUGACUCCGCUAAUUCAGUCAUAUACAAAUGCUCCUAUUUUAGUUGCUUAGUUUCCCAAUUUCUGUGUCUGAAUCAACUGUAGGUCCUCAUAACCCCAGAAACUGAGCUUGUCCAGCACAAGAAAUUGCUGCUAACUUGGAGUUCAUGUUCACUUUUCUUGAACACUGGACGUUCUGUAAGGUUAUGAAUCCAUAAAUUUCCUGUACAGUCAGUUCUUGUUCAUAUUUGCACCUUUAUUUAUUAUUUUUUGCUCAGGGAGAUUUUUUCAUUAGCUCA